UGGGAACGAUCGUGUUUUAAGUGAUUUCGUCGGAGAUUUGUGUUAGAAUUAUCGCGUCGUGUGUAAGUUCAUGAUGGAAAUGAAUUUUACGAAUUUGCAGAAGCUGAAAAAUGGACUAAAUGACCAUGGAUCAUGUUUACCGGACAGUGACAGUAGCUCUGUUGGUACGGGCUCCGAGUUAGCGGACCGGGACCAUGACAUGGAUGACCCCGGGCUUGGCCCGGGCUUUACCCAACUCACUCCCGAUGAUAUGGCAAACCUGGAAAAAGCUGCCAAUCGUGGCAAGAAAACAAAAGGAAGGGUAAAGAUAAAGAUGGAAUUCAUCGAAAACAAGCUGAGACGUUACACAACUUUCAGUAAAAGAAAAACUGGAAUUAUGAAAAAGGCUUAUGAAUUGUCAACAUUGACUGGAACGCAGGUGAUGUUGCUGGUUGCCAGUGAGACGGGCCAUGUCUACACAUUUGCCACACGCAAACUCCAACCUAUGAUCACGAGUGAAAGUGGAAAAGCCCUUAUUCAAACCUGCCUCAAUUCCCCUGACAUCCCUUCAGACAGUCAGCACCACAGCCAUAACCCAGAUCAGCGUAUGUGUGCCACUGGCUUUGAAGAGACUGAUUUAUCAUACCAAGUCAGUGACGAGGAAGCUCUCAGUGGAAAGGAAGGAAGAUCAACUAUGUUUCAAGUCACUCAAGUACCAGGAGCAGGGGCUGAUGCAAAUGCAAGUACUUCAAAUGGUCUGUUAUCGGGUGCUGGGCAUACAUUUCCAAUGACCACAUAUAUCCCUACUUCGUCAACUGUCCCAGUAACAUCUGGAACAAAAGUGAGCUCCACAACAGCAACUAGUCUACCCCCAAUGUCUGUUCCACCCGGGGCUACCAUCACAACACUCAUCUCUCCAACAGGACAAGCCCUAGCAGCAGGCCAAGCACUUCAAGCACUCCAGGUACAGUCGAAUCCUCAGUUGCAGCUUCAACCUAACAUACAGGGCCAGACACCAGCAGCAACGCCCACAGUCUACAGAUUACCACAAGGAGCAAGUCUCGCUGGUACUGCUUCUAAUCCAGUGGUCACUGCCUUUGUCCCGACGCCAGCUGCUGCUGCUUCUGCUGCCACAACCACCACCCAACCCACUCAGAGUGCCAAUACUGUGACCAUGCUCACUGCACCACAAUCAUCCAUGAGUCCUGCAGGUAACAGCAAUGCAUUAGCCACACCUCUAAUGUACCAUGCUCCACAGGGAGUGGUGUAUGCGGCAUCACCAGCAGGCACUGUCAACACCCUACCAGAUGGAUUCUUCUUUAACUAUCAAACGGCUGCGCAUCUACAUCCUACAUCCCAUGCAAACGUAGAAGGAAAGAACACGACGACAGCCACAAGAAAUGUACCAAUGCCGCCUAUUCAGCUGCAUGUCGCAUGCCAACAGGUGACCAGCACACCACAAGCAAGUGAUAGACCUCUAUCCAUUCAGACAUCAGCAAAAAGACCUGGGGAUGAUCUGUCAACUUCAGCAACUUCAGUUAAGAUACCAUCGUUAGAGGCCAAGCCAUUAUGAUACAAAGCUGUCCUCCCCUGAAAAAUUACUUUCUAUUAAAUCCUUCUUUACUAUAAACUCAGCUGAGACCUGAAAUCAAUUUCUUGCAUGUGGACAUGUCUAUUUAAAAUGAAGAGAUGUUAUAUUGAAUAAGAGUUCACAGUGUAGCUUUAAGGUAGUAUGUUCGUAAAUUUGAUAUCCAUUGAAUAUUUAUGACUCUGCACAACGUAGGUAGUUGUUAGGUCUAUUAAUACUUUUUGGGUUGUCCCUCUGCCCGACUAUACCAUUUGUGUUUUUGCUGAUAACUCAAGGACUGUUCAACAGAUCAAUUUCAAACUUGGUGUAACUAUGCAUAGGAGUGGUAAUGAUCUGAUCAGUUUUUUUGUGAUAUAAAGAUCAAGGGGUCAUUAUUUACAUUGAAAUAUCUUGUUCUCAACAUUGUUAGAGGGAUCAAAUUCAAAUUUUGCUCAUAUAUGCAUGUUGGAGGGACAAUGAUCUGAUUAGAUAAUGAGGCCAAAGGUCACAGAGGUCAUUAUGGGCAUAUCUUAGAAGUGCUUACUUCUGAACUGGCUACGGCAGAGUCUUCAAUUUGACUGCAGUUGAGAAUCUGUCUACGUGUAGUUUAUUAACAUUUUUUGCACCCAUUUAAAUAUCUUAUAUAGUUUUACGCUCCACCUUUAGAUACAUGUGCAAUUGUUAACAACUGUUAUACUCUCAAUUUGAAAUAAGUUAAUAUACACUGCUUACAACUAGCUAGUCAGGGACAUAAAUUUGGUGAAUAAGUCAUUAAAACUCAAUUUAGUCAUCUGUGAAGAAAUUGUUAUUGAUCGAUUUGAGUGGAGCAGUUGCUAUGAAGUUUUAGUUUUUCUGUCCUGAUUCCUAUGGGCAGCGAUUAGACACAUUUAAAUACAUAUUCUAUUCAAUUAAUUCGGUUAUUUUCAUGUGGAUCCCUUGACGCAAAGGACUGCAAUCAAUUUCAAAAUGUCAAUGACCAAUCAAUGGUCAAUGUUGCUUACCCAUUUUAUUGAUAUGAUUGAACAGUAACCAAAUAUAUUUUUUCAAAUUGACUUUGAUCACAACCGUUUGUGUUAUGGGGCCAUGUAGCUUAUACUACAGACAAACUUUAUAAAAACGUUGCAGUCAUUUGAUUCACCUAAGGCAGCACAACUACUACCUUUGCCUAUUCUUGAAUUACUUCACAAAAUAUUUCUUGUAUUCUUAUUGAAAAUAAAAUAUUUUUCCCAUGAUACAUCAUGAAAUUGUUUGUUUAUCAUGUUAUUUGUUUUUUUUAACUGAAAACAUAUAUUGUGCAUGCCAAGAAAACUAAUAUUUUUUAGAUUGAAAAACUCUUUUGAUUGAUUGAUUGAUAAACUGUUAUUGUGCAAGUAGCAAAAGUACUUGGGUCAUUAGAAAAGAAUGAGUUAUUUUCUAUAUUAUCAUUCCAGUUGUAGUGCAUGGUAAACAGUACUUUAUAUACAGAAAAGACCAGCUUGGUAUCCAUUGUAUUCUAGAAUUUGUUGAUACAGAUAGGACCAUUCUUUCAAAUAUCUAUCAGUGAUCAGGUCAAAGCAACUAUUCUAUUUUUCUUGAAAAAUUAGAUAGUGACAUCUGAUUGGCCAGCGGCAAAUAUGUGAUAGAAUUCGAAAUCAAGCAUUUUUUAAUUAAUGAACAGCACUGUAAAAUGGCACUCAGAGAUGCGGUCAUGCAGUUGGACACUGCAUUUUCAAAGAGGCUCUUUGAAAUAGUAUGAAUUAAAAUAGUAAGUCAGUGUCAAAUAUUAUAAGCCAUUUACAGAAUUUAAAAGAACCUGAGAAAGUCAUCCAAAAAUGAUUAUAUCCCUCUCAAUUAUACUGGAAACCGGGGUAAAUUAAAAAAAAUGAAUGUUUUUUGGCAAUUUGUCUUUAUUGAUUGACAUGUCCCUUUGAGUGUGUACUCCAAUUGGAAAUUGGAAAUAUUGGCUUUAUAGGGUUUGGACAUAAUGCUGACUGAUGGUACUUAUAGACAAACAAAUGUGCACAUUUUGAAAUCUUUCUUCAACUUAAAUAUAGAUUUACAUCUAGACAAUGACUAAGGGCGUAAGCUGCUUUAAAGUUGGAUAUGUUCAAAUUAAUUUUCCAACCAUGUUUGAUGUUUAAUGGUAGUAGAUGGUAUCCAUAGACAGGGCCUUAAAGAUGGGUCAAAUACCUAUUGACUGUACUGAAAUAAGCUGACAGAAUUCUUCUAGAAUAUGGUGGAUGUUAUAUAUCCUGGAAACAUUGCAGAAAGAGUUGUGUUUUUAAACAAAAUUGAAGCGUAAUAUCUCUCAUACGCGCAUU